AAGAUAGAACCCUACAUUUUUUUAAUCCUUCUCCAAAUUUUGCAGGAAAUUCCUUCAAGGAUUUUUGUCCUGAUAAAGCUCCCUCUUUUAACUGGCGUUCCUCACUUUGGCUACUCCGCAGAUCUCUCGCCUUCCUCUCAUGCCGCUUCAAAAAGCGAGUUAAAGUGAGAAUCUAAAGUUGGACGACUGAGCAGAACCUUAGCUGCUAGCAGCAUCCGGCGACCUCACUAGAUAUUAAGCUGGCGAAGGCGCCGGAGGCCAUUGGCUUCAUUUUGGGCGGUGAUUAGGGUUCAGGAUGUACAAGAACCAGCUGCAGGAGCUCGCUCAAAGGAGCUGCUUUUGCCUUCCUUCUUAUACCUGUAUACGAGAAGGUCCGGAUCACGCGCCUAGGUUUAAAGCUACUGUCAACUUUAAUGGCGAGAUCUUUGAGAGCCCGAGCUUCUGCACCACUCUCCGCCAAGCGGAGCACGCCGCCGCUGAGAUCGCUCUCAAUGCCCUCUCCUCACGCGGUCCCUCUCACUCACUCGCCGCCAGGAUCCUGGAUGAGACUGGUGUGUACAAGAACUUACUGCAAGAAGUUGCACAGAGAGUGGGGGCACCAUUACCAUCUUACAAAACUGUUCGCUGUGGUCAUGGUCACCAUACUUCGUUCACGUGCGCUGUGGAGCUUGCGGAGAUCUUGUUCACAGGCGAACCAGCUAAGAGCAAGAAGCAAGCUGAAAAGAAUGCAGCCAUGGCAGCAUGGAAUUCCUUGAAACAAUUGACACGCCAAGAGGUGUGUUCGGUAACUGAACCAGAGAACAAUGAUGAGCUGGAGCAAAUUACCGUUGCUCGAGCUCUGUUGAACUACCGCUUGAAAGAGAAAAUAGCCAUGGAAAACAAUCCCAAUGCUCCGCCAUUCCCUAAAAGGUUCCUGGUACAUCCUGAUAAGAAGCCGCCCUCAUUGCAGACUUCAUCUUCUGCAUCAAAGAUUCUUCCUAUGAUUCGACCAAGAUCUACUCCAAGAACCCGGCCCAGCUCCCCUAGAGCUACUGAAGAUUUUUGCUUUCAAUCGCAUCUUUCCCCGCUUGAAAACCAAAUGGCUCAACAACUUAAGUUCCAUUCAGCUGGAGCUGCACCUUACAGGUCCACCUACCAGCAUUUCAGAAUGUCCUCUGCUGGAAUGGCUGCACCUGUGAAUAUUAGAACUUCAGUUCCAGUUUUCUCAGCUCCUCCGUUACCACCUCCGCCGGUUUAUCAGCAUCUGCCUCCUGUUAUGAACUCGCCAUGGCGAAUGGCACCGCCUGUUCAUAUCAGGCCUGCCGUUCCUGUUUUCGAAGCUCCGCCGGCAUUAUUUUCCUCACAGCUCCAGGUUACCCAGAUUCAAGUAAAAGAAAAACAUGCAGUUUCCCCACUUCAUGAGAUUCAAUUCAAGGAACAAUUUCCUUCAGUUUCCCCACAUUCUGCAAUUCAACCGAAAGAACAACAGCCUUCAGCUUCCAAAGUUUCUGGAACCCAAGCUAAGUUUGUGCCAGGCCGAGCAACUGUAACGGCCGAAGAAGAAAAGGAAGAACCUUCCCUUCUAACUGCAGUGCAAGUCAAGGAAGAGACUCCAGCUAAAGUCACAGUAGAGCCUGCUCUGAUGAAUUCAGUACUAGUCAAUCAAGAACCUGUUCAUGUUACUUCAGCUCAAAGCAAAGAUAUUACCAAGACCGAAGCCUCUGUUGAAGCUCCAGAAAGAGCUAUAGUAGUAUCUGAGUCAAGCAAUUCGCCUGCUGCAAAGAAUGAUUUCCCUGAGCUUGAAAUGCUUGAGAACUUGAGAACACUUAAGCUCUGAUGCAUUGUUUACUUUAGGAGAGAUUCCUGAAUUUUUUUUUUUUGGUCUUCUUAGUGGUUAUCUAUUUUGUGCUAGUAAUUCCAUCCUGUAGUUGGUGGAUUUUAAUCCAUCAUACAUAAAUAUUCCAUUGAGAUUUUGAAAUCAUUCAAGAAUUUCUCCUCAUGAAUUAACCAUUUAUUUA